ACCUUUUCAUUAGGCUUUGUUGACAACUAUUGACAAAAACGUGUGUACGUCACGUCAUUGUCACCAAUUUUGUAGCAUCGAAUUAAUUUAUUAACAAAAUGUCCAAAGUAACGUUCAAGAUUACCUUGACUUCGGACCCAAAGCUGCCUUUCAAAGUGCUAAGUGUACCAGAGGCGACGCCGUUCACUGCGGUGCUGAAGUUCGCAGCGGAGGAGUUCCGCGUGGAGCCUGCCACCAGUGCUAUCAUUACUGAUGAUGGCAUUGGCAUCAAUCCUCAGCAAACUGCCGGUAAUGUAUUCCUGAAGCACGGCUCCGAGCUGAGGUUAAUUCCCCGAGACAGGGUCGGCAGUGCCUCUACUUAAAUUAUCCUAAGUACAUUCCAUUGGACUUAAGUGAUACUAAAUGAGUUGUUUUUAAGUUGUCUAAUUUUGUUACGAUUGUAAAAUAUUUUAUUAAAUAAAAAUAAAAUGCAUUAAAAACAUUACG